GAUUUUUACUUCUUACUCAAUUGUUUAAAAAACACAAUAGUGAGAUGGCAAAUAUUUUGUUUGAGCUCGGAGCCUUAAAACGCAUUUAAAGUUUAGCGUUCUCACUCUUUGUUGUUGUGAUCUUGAAGAAAAAUUAAACUAAUCUUAGUUUUCUCCAAAACAAUUUUCAUACCAAAUAGCGUUCAGAAAGUUUGUGUUAUCAGUUUAAUGCGGAAUAUAAUCCAGUGAUAAUUCGACAGCGUAGUUUGUGCAUUGAUUUCAAAAGUCAGUAAACAUUAUUCAGAAUCCGGCUUUUACGUAGAAAGGUUUAAAUUUUGUUCACCUACUAUGAAAUUAAUUGUUUGUGCGCACAUGGAAACGGUCAAGAUUGCUUCUACUGUGAUAAAGUGGAAAUUGUGCAAAUAAAAAAUAUUAAUAAAUAAAUAAAUAAAUAAUAACAAGCUCUAAAUUUCUAAAAAAAAAAUCUAUUACUUCUUUUUGCAAAUUAAUAAAACAAAAACAAACAAAAAUAAAAAUCCUUGUAGCUGCUUACUAAAUACUGAGAUCGUUGUGUAGAUAUAAAGGCUCCUUCCGAGGGUGUACAACAUAUAGUUCCUGUAAACCGAACACAGAUAGCGAGGAUGGCUUUUGAUUUUGUUGCGGGUUGUCUUGGUGGAUGUGCAGGCGUUUUAGUCGGUCAUCCAUUCGACACAGUUAAGGUUCACUUACAAAUGCAAGAUGUUAAAAAUCCGGUAUACCGGGGUACAUUGCACUGCAUAUCCACUUUAAUUCGAACCGAUGGUGUGGGUAGUUUAUAUCGAGGCAUGUCCAGCCCACUGAUGGGCAUUAGUGUUGUAAAUGCCAUUGUCUUCGGUGUUUAUGGCAAUGUACAACGUCAAAUGCCGGAGCAUAAUACAUUACAUUCACAUUUACUAGCCGGUGCGGUAUCUGGCUUUGCACAAAGUAUCGCCUGUUCGCCAAUGGAAUUAGCUAAGACGCGUAUGCAACUUCAACAUCUGAAUCCGAAAGCACCACAAUUUCAAAGUCCAUUCAAAUGUAUAAGGCAUAUAAUAGCUACAGACGGGUUUAAGGGAGCAUUUCGUGGAUUGGGUAUGACAGCGCUGAGGGAUGUACCAGGUUUCUCCGCAUACUUCGUCAGCUAUGAGUGGUUAAUGUCGUUGAGAGAAAAGCCAAACGUGGCGCAUGCUCUUAUUGCCGGCGGCUUGGCCGGAAUUGCCUCCUGGCUCGUGUGCUACCCCAUAGAUGUGAUCAAAACUUUAUUGCAGGCAGACGGAAUGCAUUCAGCGCCAGUGUAUAAGGGCGCCUGGAACUGCGCGGUAAAGAAUUAUCAAAAGGAUGGUUUACGCUUCUUUUUCCGCGGAUUCACAUCGACCAUAAUAAGAGCAUUCCCAGCGAACGCAGCCUGCUUCUAUGUGGUUGCGUGGAUUUUGGGUUUGGCAAAGCAUACCAGCUUGAAUGUGGAACUACAAACAGCAGAUCCAUUGGCCAUCGCAAGUGUGCAUAUAGCUGUGGAUAUGCCACUCUCCUAUCUGCAUAAGUACGAAAGAGAGCGGCAGGAAGUACGCGAGAAACGUUCGACUAUGGUGAGAAUAUUGCAGACAUUGGGUGCAUUCAAUGAAGCUGUUUGUCAAUCUGAUAUUGAAGAGCUGGCAUCCGAAUUCUAUCCCGAAAAUGAUAAUGAUUUUAAAUAUUAUGUGUUCGAGGAUGAACGUUUGACAGUGAAAGAACAUUUUGAUGAUAAGGAUUAAUGUUAUAUGGUUCGUAAUACUUAGCUGACUAAAUGUAUGUAUGUACGAGUGAUAUGUAUGGAUGUAUGUUUAAAGAACACACUUGGACAUACAUAACUGUGCAUACACAAAUACUUAGUGCUAAAGCAUAAAAUCGUCGUCUGUAGGUAGGAACUAUGUAAAUUAAUAAACUUGUUUUAAAAUAAUAUUUUAA